AUGUUUCUCGCCACAAUUAAACUCUUCUCGUUCCUGAUCAAUCCAGAGUUCUGGGCCAGGACCGGCUUCUUCGUCGGCUACAUUAUCGCUUUCCUCCUCGUCUUGGAAGUUGUCCGUCUAGCCAGCACAGAUGCGAAUCGCAAAGAGGUUGAGAAACUUCUAGACGCGUAUGCUGCGUCGAGGAGUGACGUGCCUGUGAGAAGACGUCGAGAAGAGGUUGCACCAGUGAAGAAGGUGGUGCAGGUAUCCAUCGAUGAAUUGGAAGACAUGGAGAGGAGAAGUGUGAUUGCCGAGCAGGAAAGACAAACACAAGAACAUCAACAACGGGAACAAGAACGGACACGCACUCCUAGCCCUGCAGCGGCGCGGAUACCAGAGUCCAAACAUACCGAGGAGAAGCGCAGACGCAGAACGACAUCUACAUCCGUAUCUCCACAUGCUAUUUCUCAGUCCCACUCACACCCGCAAACCACCUCCUCUUCGAGUCCUACCCGCCGUCUUCGGAAACGCAGCGACACGCUCAACUCUUCCAGCAGCGCAGAGGCUAAGGGCACUGCCGCAUGCGAGUCCAACACCAAGAUCGAGAAGCAAGGAGGCCAAGAUACUAGGCGGAUCAUUGGGCAAGAUGCUGAGGAGUAG